GUCUCGGCAGAAAUAUUAUAGCAUGCCCUGAUGCGGAGAUAUUUUUCAUAUGUCGUGUUUCUGUAUCACUUCGAUAUGAAUCAAGCCACAAAGUUUCAGAUACGCCUCUUACAAUAAUCUCAAAAUCCUAUAUGAUCAGGUUCCAAAAUAUGUCAGGAUCGUAGCUCACGACCUAGAAGUGCCUAAUGUAACGGCACCCGCUCGCGCGGUGAGCGCUGCCUUAAAAAAAGCCCACCAGCCAGCUUGGCAAUGGCUUAGCCAGCAUAUGCCCGUCAUGCUUAAACCCAACACCCAAGAUUUAUUUUAUGACAUGCGGUGGAGGCGUUGACAUGAGGAUUGUAAAUUAGAUAACUAUCGUCGUCCUGCUGCUGCUCCGUCAGCUUUCGUCUUUCGUCUUUUAUGUUUUGUCCUUCGUUCCAUUUUCAUCUUACUACACAGUAUUCACUUACUAGUCCCAUCUUUAACUUACCGCUCCGCGAUACUCCACGAUAGACGAGGUUGUCCUUAACCAUAGACGCCAUGGCAAAGCACGAUUAUCCGUACAAGAAGAGCAUUAACUUGACCGCCUGGAUCCUGCAAUUCUUGGUGUGCUUCGUACUUUUAGGGGCGUCGGCAUGGUUAUUAUGGCUCGCAGACCAGCAUGAUUAUGACGAUGUCCUUGGAGAAUAUCACGGGCUUUUCACUGCCGGCGCUGGCCUCCAAAUAGCCAUCGCGGGCUCGAAUAUCGUCAUGAAUAUAAUCGAGAUCGUCCUGAUCGCCAAGAAGCAAAUGCCGCCGGCGUUGUUCCUUACGAGCGCUUGCACUAAGACCGCGGUCUGGGGUGUCAUCUUCAUACUGAACUUGAUUUCGGUCUCAAUCCUCGCCGUCAUCUUAGCCAUAAUCUUGCUUGCGACAUCCCUCCUACAGCUUAUCCACGCCGCCAUCAUCGUCCACCGUAAGCGACGAGGCACCCUAAGAGGCGGUAACUACACCCCCGCCCUCAAUCCGUCAGGUCUCGAGGAAGGGAUUCACUACCCGCCGGCCGGCAGCACCGAAUACAAGUCUCCCGCUGCGUCGUCGCAGCCGCUUCAAUACGGAUACCCGAUGGAGAGCGGAUACGCGCCGCAGCAGCAGCCCGUGGGUUCAUACGAGCUGGGCAACCGAACCCAACAUGUCUAGAAGGGUCGAUUGACCAUACCGAAUUGUAUUUAUCUGAUAGAUCGUAUAUUAAGGAUGUAUUGUUGUCUAUUUCGCAGUAUGCUUAGUUGGAAGAGACCGGCUAGGCUCGGCUAGGCUCGGCUUCGGUUGACUGUUUUAUGA